AAUAGUCUUUCAUCCAUUGUUGUAAUCAUCAGUAAUGUACCGUAGUGAAUUCAUCGAAAAUCCAUGUUCAUUGAUUAUUUACUUGCAAUAACGAUUGAGGUCAUAUCGUAAGUUUCGCGAAGCCUUGAAAUAUGGAAUCAUAUAUCGCAAUUGUGAUAAUUUAACAUUUUAUAUGGAUGUUGAAGGCAGUCAAUUAAUCUUAUCAGAGUUUUUCACGCUUUGUUCAAAGCAAAUGAACGUCGCUGCAACGGAAACGGGAUGACAGAAUCAACCAGGCUAAUGCAACAAAAUGACGGCAAAACGUAAUUGGUCCAACUUUGCUGUCUCCCUCCUCGCACUCUUCAUGGUCAUAGCAGUAUGGCAGGUCUUUUACUCGCCCAACAUCCCCGUAGAAAUACCAAGAUACACCAAAUCUGCCUACACCCUCUACACCAACACCAGCAACUACGUCUACCCCAUAGACUCCCUGACAGAGAUCGACUACAACCAACUGAUAGACCUGAAUUUCACCUUUCAAAUGAACAACUUGGUCUGUAACGAAACAUCACCCUUAGUCCUGGUGAUGGUACACACCUCGCCGAAGAAUUUCGCCAAGAGGAGAACCAUCAGGGAAACCUGGGGUAGAUACAGGGAUAAGGUCAAACUUCUGUUCGUUGUAGGCGACGUGGAAAACUCCACGCUGAAGAGGAAACUGAUCGAGGAGAACCAGAACUAUUCCGAUUUCACCCAGGGAUCUUUCAAGGACACCUACAGGAACUUGACCUACAAACACGUCAUGCUAUUCAAGUACGUCAUUUACCACUGUCCCGAAGCUAGAUACAUCAUGAAAACUGACGAUGACGUGUUCGUCAACAUGCCGACCAUGAUGAACUUCUUAACGCAAGAACUUUCUCCUUUCGGCGCUGGAAAUUUAUUGUUUUGCAACAGCAGGGCCAACUCUAGGGUGCUCAGGAGCUACAGAUCAAAAUGGCGAGUUUCUUUCAGUGAAUACCCCGCCAAGAAUUACCCAACAUACUGCCCGGGAUGGUUCUUGUUGUACUCGCAGAAUGUAGUCUUCAACCUUUACAAAGAGGCUCAGAAAUCCAAGUAUUUUUGGAUCGACGACAUCCAUUUAACAGGGACGCUGGUCAAGAAGCUCAAUCUGGUCCACGAGGACUCCAAGCCUUACAUGAUAUCGCAGGAUGAGUUGAAUGACGUUGUCGACGGAGGUAACAUAACAAGGCCUUUCCUGAUUGGACAACCGAAUCUCAGUGAAAAACAGAUACGAUCCCUUUGGAAUUACGUAGAUUCACAUUCUGUGUCUAAAAAUAUUAUUCAAUAAGUUUAGCUAGAUGUACCGAGUAUGGAACAUAUGUUGUAGACACAUUCCUGGAAGAAACACCCUUACAAAAUCAAUUUAACUGUUGAAAAAACCUCACAGUGUCCACAACAUAUAUUCUCUACAUCCCAUUAUGAUAUAUUGAAUAUUUUUGUAUAAAGAGAGAGAUCAAGGAAAGACAAAUAACUCGUUGUAUAAGGACAACUACAGUCCAUAUACAACGAUGCGGUGGUUCAUAAAUGCGCCAAGCUAAAUGUCCAUAGUCUGUCUAUAUUAAGGAAUAGUUUUUAUAAUGUUCAACAAUUAGUAUUAACAAAUGUAGUGGAUGAAAUGGUAUUGUGAAAUUCAAAAAUACAUUCCCUAAUCGUGGAAUCCUAGGACAUUACAAACUUAAAGCAAAUUUAUUGAGAUUCAAUGUAGGAAAUAUCGCAAUAUUAGUUUAUCCACGAGACUGAAAUACGAUAUUUAGUAAGGACACUUCAAUGAAGUCAUUUCUUAUUAUUCUGGUACUAAUUUUCAAACAAAUACUCUCAAUAUUUGAAUUCGAUUGGAAAAUACAUUACUAAGUGAAUAUUUAUAGGUUAAGCCAAAUCGGUAUAUCUAUAACGGAAUAACUUAAUAUGAGAAGUACAUUUUACAAAGUUAAAUACACCAGUUAUACAGAGGGAUAACUGAACUAAUAAUGAGAGAUCAUCACAAUAUAUCUUUCAUGUUCAAAUGUGUCCAAAUUCGCCUGCACAAAAUUAUGAAUGGUCACACAAUAUUCAUUUUUAUAAGGUUAAAAUUAUUUCUUCUCUUAUUGUCUUUGUGUUAUGUUUCAUCAUUCUACGAAUCUAUUUAUUAGGAGUAGAAUUUUCGACCAAAUCUGUUUCAGAGUUACGAAUGAAAUUUAUGUUUACCCUAAAAAUUCUACGAAAGUAAUGAAUAAAUUAAUGAAAAACAUCAAUGAAUGAAAGUGUUACGUAGAGAAAAGGCCAUAAAAAUAUCCUCGAUAAUAUUUUCCUCUGAUCAAACUUAAUGAACAACAAAUCGACUGUAUCAACUUCUAUAUAAAAAAAGUUCACUUAUCUCUAAUUAAUACUUCAUCAACUGAACGACUGAAGUUGAGAACUCAGUCAGCGUUUAAUAACUUUGUAGCCUGGCUAUCUAAUCAUGCCGACUGUAUUUUUGUUGUUGAAUAGGUGAGUGUUUACAAUCUUCUAAUGUAACUUUUAAAUGUUGAAAAUUCUCAGUUCGAAAAUAUCUAAAAUUAAGUAAAUCAGUGCCAAACAUGAGAAAAUUUAAUACCGAGCACAUUUUUACACGAAUUUAAUAUCUAGAAAGAUCCACGAUACAUUUCACGAACCAUUCAAGAACAGAAAUUGAAUUAUUUUCCUGAUUAUUAUAUUAUCCAAGACUGUUCUCUUAUGCCAAGUUGAUUUUUACUUUACAAUUAUUUUUAUAUGAAUCAUGAGUUGAAAUUAAUAUUACAAAUUUGAAUCGCCAAUUUGAAAGUAUGUACAAAUUAAUUUAGUAAAGAAAAAUUUAGUAAUUAGAUCAUUCCUCAACAGGAUGUAUAUAUUAUUAUUAUUCGGUUUUUUGUAUCAUAAAAUUUUUUACACUCCUAUUAUUAGUAUACCUUUAUUAUAAUUGAAGCACAAUAUUCUCAAAUAUUUUAGGUAUAAGUUAUAAAAGUAAACAGUAUGCUAAGUUGAAGGCUGUUAUAUUUGAUACAUAAUUGCAUCUUUUCUGGAAACAGUUGAUUGUGAUUUUUGUGCAAUGUUAAUUUUUUUCUCGUUGCUUUUGAUAUUAUAUUCACAUUGUAGGAGCCUACGUUAAAUCUCAACUUCUAAAACUACAGAAGGCCUAUUAUAUGAGAUUAUUUUAGUAGUUAGGUAGAAAAACAAUUUUCAGAAUUUCAGACAUUUCCAUAUUUAUAUUUAGAUAUUGAAAGUGCCUUAUUCAGAAAUGAAUAAGUUUUGAACUAGCUGAAUUCAGUUUGUGAUUUGUUUUUUGAUUAAUUUGUGAGGGUCCAUGUUGAAGUACCUAAAAGUAGGAUUAGUAUUUUGAAUGGAUGUUCUUUUUAUUUUAUAGAUUUGUCUGCAAGGUGAAACUCUCGAUUUAUAAGGCGAUUUUUUUGCCGUCUGUCUGAUUUUUGAGUCUUUUCAGUUUGCAGUUUUUAUGGAUCUGUACUUAUAUUUUUAUCGUUUUAAGAGGUCAAUGCAUAUUUUACUACUGAAAUAGUCGAGUCGUGUAGGUUAUGGAUGGUUAAGAUCAUAGUUGCCAUAUAGUAUUCCCAUGUUUCGAAUAUACAUAUAUGACGAAAAUGAUUAUUUGAGUUAUGAUGUAGAUAUGUUGAAAAAUAAACAUCAUUUAAAAUGCGUAUAUGGAAA